CGAAAAUUGUGCGCCUACAUAUGCACCACUAAGUGCCACAUAUGCAACAGAUAAUUUGCGCCAUCCCCUCACGCUAGCGCCAGCUUAAGUUGCAGCAACUAGACGCGAACGCUGAAAAAGAGGAGCGUUUUAAAGUAAUACAGCUUGAAACAAAAAAGAAAUUGGCUCGCAGAGACCAACAACCGCAUUGUGGUCGUAAAAUAGCGGCAACAGCAGCAGCAGCAGCAGCAACUGCAAUUACAACUUCAAAACAUAUCUACCGCAUUAAGAGAGAAAUAUUACAACUACCAUAUUAAACAUUUAAAGCGCCACACACACACAGAUAUAUACGCACACAUACAUACAUAUAUAUACUGCUUGUUUGUGUUUUCCUUAAAUUGCUGUAUUAGCUGCAAUAACAACGACGCGCAACACAAACCAGCUGCACGAGAUAUCCGCAACAGGUACACAGCCCCGACAACAGCGCGGCGAUUCCGAAACGAAUUAGUUCAAGCGUGUGCACACACGUAACGUACAAAUAAAUAUUUUCAACAAUAAUCGUCAAUUGCCUAACGUGGAGUGCAACGACCGCGCCGCGCCGCGCCACCACCGCCACACAACGCACGCGCCGUAACAACCUUGGCCACUUCGAAUCGAUUGCUGCUGUGCUUGUGUCUUUAAUACAAUAUUUGUUGCACACACGCAUACGCAACAUUUGCGGCAGCACGAGUUUGGUGUUUGCAAGUUCAAGCGCAAGCGGCAAGUUCCGUUCAAUUAGCGAAGCAUAACCAUAGAGAAGGCGACGGCCGCGCCAAGCCACACCACAACACACCACGCCAAAACAUUUGAGUGGCACGCAAACAGGAAGUUGGGGCAGGAACCAAAGCGUGUACAACAGCGAGAAGUGGUUACGACUUGAUUGCGCUCUGCUUUUGCCAAAACGAUUUGGAGGUUAUCAACCUCCGUUUAAUGGUGCGCGCAGAUUCCCACUCUGAACCGCCCAAACAUCAGCAGCACAACUAAUCACCGAGGAAUGCGAGACUUAUCUGUUGGCCCAGCAGUGACAACAGAAGUAGUGGCAGCAACAACGUUUCAAAUUGACAAUUCCAGUACAACAUUUACCGUGGCGGUCACAGAAAAAUUGCCAACUACAUUUACUUGUGCAAACCUUCAACCAUAGUGUUCCGCGAUUUGCCCAAGCCCAUUUAACCCACCUAUUAAAUAGCAGUCGCAAUACAAACAUUAGUCCACAGCAUUCCAGCGCGCACCUUCGCCACCUACAGUACCUGCCCUUUAGUCAUCUCAAAAAGCCACGCCCUACACGUGCUGCGCUCAAUGUAAGAUGUUAGCAACCGCCACAUGGAGCCUCUUAACCACAAUUGUUGUCAGUUUUCUGCUAUGUGCUCAAGCCAUUGAACGGCCACCAGCGCUUACGAAUGCAUCCGCAUCAGCGCCGGAAACCGAAACACAAGUGAUACAGUCAACGCGACAAGCGCGCGCUAGCCCCGCAUAUACAACUGCGUAUAGUCAACAGUUGAGCAAAGCGUCAUGGCUGCCCGCAACACUGCCGGGUACUACGGCGCCCGCCACAGACAAUCAACGUACCGCGCGCAACCUUUACGCACCUUUUGAGACUUUCAGCAAGGUGGAUGUAGCGCCUUUUUCGAAUUGGCAUCGCCGCACCGAUGGCACUAUAGUGCAAUCUUUUGGCGCCUAUCGUAGUGGGCGUGCCAUUGCAACGAUUGCGCAACAGCCACAAAAUCCGAUACAGAAUUCCCAACAGCUUCAACCAGCUCAGCAGAUGCAUUCGCCUGCGCAGCGUCGCUCGGAUGUCGUUACCACUGUCGAGAUAAUACCGGCGCCUGGAAUUGAACUCUCCAGCAGCUCUAGCAAUGGUGUUGGUGGCACCGUGCCAAUUACAAUACCCAAGCAAGUGGUGCCCGGUGCUGAUGCCACUGCUGCCGCCUCUUCCCCAGUUCCUGCCAUAGCGAAUGCGACACGCAGUUCACGUCAGCGUAACUACGUUUACAUACCGCUGCAAAAGCAAGCCAGUGGCACAACAUUGUUGCCGAAACGCAACAACAGCUCGCUGGGCUACUUAGGCCCACCCGCCCAUGCUGUGGCUGCAGUAGCACAAGAAUUUGGCGAUGAGUUGAUGAAUGCGCACACGGAUCGCAGUGAUGUGGUUACGGCGCCGGCGCCAGGUAGCGCGCUCACUUCAACGGACAAGGUAGAUUAUGAAGAUGAGGAUGCAGCGCGUCGCAAUGGCUUCAAAUUUCCAAGCUACAGUCUACAACCGGCAAGUCCGUUUUAUCCGCAAGGCUAUCGUGAAGACAACCCUAUAUUUGCAGAAACAUCCGCCUUCCAGACACCGUACAGCGAGGAGGCGUUGCCUACACAAUACGAUCAAGAUACGCGUCAUACGAGGCAGUUGUUAUACGAGAGCGCUGAUGCAACACCUAUUUCACACCCUUUCGAGUUUCCCGGACUAUCGACGAAUGUCAAACCGCAUACACUGAAUGCUGCCAUCGCUUCGGGGAAGCUGUUUCGUGAGGAAGUUACCAAAUUUGGUGAUGUAAACGGGCCGAUAACAGCUUUGCCGCAGCGCCCACAACGCGGUUUAUUCUUUGGUGAUACUGAAUUUAGAACAAGUCCGCCACGGCCAUAUGUACCGCAGAAAGCUUUCAACGAGUAUAUUGGGCCCAAUGGACCACUGGAUUAUCAGAGUUCGAGGAAAAGUCGCUUCUUCCCUUUCAAAUCGUCGCGCAGCCCACGAGUUGUCUUUCCGGUGAACGAUAAUAUUGGGACGACAGGCCCGAGUGGCACCGGGAAUGGCGUCUACUUUAGCGAUAGCGUGGCUUUUAGAGAUCAAAACUUCGGACUCAAUGACUUGGCUGCCAUUCAAGAUGUUCGCAACGACUUCAGUCUACAGGAUAUCGAUGGUAGUACCUCGGAGAGCAGCUUGACCGGUGCGCCCUCAUCGGGUACAUUCAAGGAAAAAGUUGAUAUCACAACCGAACUAGAAUGUCAACAUCGCGGUGGCACUUGUGAAUUUUUUCUCGGUUGUUGGAUGAGCGGUGGCCUCUUGCAGGGCACAUGCAACGGCCUAUUGCGCGGUUGCUGUCAUCGCACAGCAAAAUCAGCCAACCUACGCACUUCCGAGUAUGUGGGCAACGCAAUCGAUUUGACUGAUCUUCCGCAUAAAAACUUUGGCCCAGUUAAAAAUGAUGCCAGUUGCGGCAUUUCACUGGCCAAACAGGCCGCUCAGCGACGCAUAGUCGGCGGUGACGAUGCCGGUUUCGGUUCAUUUCCUUGGCAGGCGUACAUACGUAUCGGAUCCUCGAGAUGUGGCGGUUCAUUGGUGUCGCGUCGUCAUGUCGUCACCGCCGGUCAUUGUGUGGCACGUGCCACACCACGCCAGGUACACGUCACUCUCGGUGAUUAUGUAAUCAACUCCGCCGUUGAACCUCUGCCUGCUUAUACGUUUGGUGUGCGUCGCAUCGAUGUGCAUCCAUAUUUCAAAUUCACACCACAAGCGGAUCGCUUUGAUGUGUCUGUGUUGACGUUGGAGCGGCCGGUGCAUUUCAUGCCGCACAUAGCACCCAUCUGUUUACCGGAAAAGAACGAAGACUUCCUUGGAAAAUUUGGUUGGGCAGCCGGCUGGGGCGCUCUGAAUCCUGGCUCAAGACUGCGGCCGAAAACAUUGCAAACGGUGGAUGUGCCGGUGAUCGAAAAUCGCAUCUGCGAACGUUGGCAUCGUCAGAAUGGCAUAAAUGUCGUCAUUUACCCGGAAAUGAUGUGUGCUGGCUACCGCAAUGGUGGCAAAGAUUCCUGCCAGGGUGAUUCUGGUGGUCCGCUAAUGCAUGAAAAGAGUGGCCGUUGGUAUUUAAUAGGCGUAGUUUCAGCUGGCUACUCGUGCGCCUCGCGCGGCCAGCCGGGCAUCUAUCAUCGUGUACCCUAUACGGUCGAUUGGAUAUCCUACGUCAUCGGUCUAACAACGAAUGUGUAGUACAAGCGAACAUUUUCGACUUGGCUUACUUCAACUAUACUUUAGUGUAUUUAGCUUGAAAAUCAACUGCAACAAACAAAAUGCUCAACCCUCUAUUAUAUUUUAUACGACUUGUUAUUUAAUUUUUCAAAAUCUCUUUCAAUUUAUUUAAAAUUCUACCCUUUAGUUUUAAGACGAAUAUUUAUUUGUGAAGAUUCUCACUAUUUCGCGCCCUUUUCAAUUGUUGUAAAUAAUUUAUUAUCGGAAUUGCUCAUUGUUGCUCUUAUUGUUGGUAGCUUCUCUCAUAUACAAAUACGUAUACAUGCAUGUAUGUGUGUGUAUGUGUAUGUAUGGAUAAUAUUAUAUGUAAAUCAUUAAACCAUUGAACUAGGGGAAAAUCAAAGCAUUGCCAAAAGUGCUAAUGCGUUUAUUUAAGCUAUUUCAUAGGGUGUUUAGUGCGGGAUUAAAUGAAGAGGAAAAAUAUUUAUGAAUCUAUAAUAUAAUUUAAGCUCAAUUCGUUUGUAAUUAUUAAUAUAAGUACAUAUAUAUACAUGUAUUUGCUUACAUUAGGGCGGGUGAAUUUUUUCGACGCCAUUCCAAGCAUAUUCGGAUUCAUAUUCGUAGAACUCGAAAAAAGAAAAAAAGUGCAUUGGAAAAUAUCGCUAAAAUCAAUUAUUAGCCCCACUCACUGCAUAUGCAAUUUUUUUUAUACUUAAACCAAACAAAAAAAUUGCAAAAACAACUAAUUUUCACAAUAUUUGAAUUAAUUUUUUUUUAUUAUUAUUAUGUUUUUUCGCAAUUAACAAGUGAGUGAAUUUCUGAAAGCUCCUCAAAAAAAAUAUCUGCCGUUCGGAGUCGGCUUGAAACUUUAGAUCCCUGAAUUUGUGGAACAACAUCAAGACGCACGCCACAAAUAGGAGGAGCAGCUCGAACAAACACCCAAAAAGGGUAUAUAAUUUCCUAGCCACAACUCCCUCCCUAUUUUCGUAUUAAAUAAUUAAAAUUUCUGCUAAAACUUUGUGGACUCAGUGUGCACUUUAGUGCUUUACUCCAAUCGACUUUUUUCUUAGAAUUAUAUGUAGAAUCUGAAUAUGCUAGAAACGAUGCCGAAAAAAAUCGAUCCCUACAAAUUGACCCGCCCUAUUGUAAAUUGAUUAUUUUUGUAUGCUGUUACACUACACUAUUUAGUUAUAACUUAACAUUAAAGUGCUCUAGACAUGAAUAUACACAUAUACAUAGAUAUGCCUUCAUACAUUUACUUUACGUAGUGCUGUAAAUAAUGAGAAAAACUAUUAAAUAG